AUGGCCCCAAAAGGAUGGGCAGUCAUUUUAUACUCAGCAUGUUUUUGUGUGUUUUCUAUGCUGAUAACCAAUGCUAUAGAGUUUCAGUGUGGUGAAACUGAACACCUACACAGUGCAGAAAACAGAGUUCUUCAAAACCUAGCACACAAACAGAAAACUGUUGCCAAUUAUGUCAUCUGUGGACGAGAUUGCAGCAUGGAUGAGGACUGUAAGUCUUUCAACUUCAAAGAAUGUAACAAACUCUGUGAGCUGAAUAAUGCAACAAGAGCUGAGCAUCCUCAAGAUUUUCUUGAAGAUCAAGGGAGUGUAUACUUUGAUGCAGAUAGGGACACUCCCAUCUACUCAGUGGCUGAUAACUCUUUCACUCUCUUCAAAAGUUGUAAAGAACUUUUGGACGCAGGAAACACCCAAAGUAAAGUGUAUCCCAUCUACCCAGGUGGCAGCGCUACUCAGGCUCUGCAAGUAUACUGUGACAUGGAGACUGAUGGUGGGGGAUGGACUGUAUUUCAGAGGCGACUGGAUGGCAGUGUAGACUUUGACCGCAACUGGGCUGAGUACAAGUCUGGCUUUGGUGAUCCAUCUGGUGAGUACUGGCUUGGCAAUGAUAUCUUAGUGGGCCUGACCUCUAAUGGGUCAUGGGACCUCAGAAUUGAUCUUGAGGACCAUGGGAUACCUACCUGA